AUGGUUUGCCCAACAACGCUAGGCUAUUUCGACGUUGAUGACCGAACUCAAUUGGUUGCUGACGCAAGUCCGGUCGGUUUGGGAGCGGUGUUAAUGCAAAUAAAAGGUCAGAAUGCUCGUAUUAUCGCUUAUGCGAGUAAAAGUCUGUCGGAUGUGGAGACGCGUUAUGCACAAAUCGAAAAAGAGGCCCUAGCUCUUGUGUGGGCUGUGGAACGUUUCCACUUUUACCUUUACGGUCGGUCCUUCGAUUUGAUAACUGAUCACAAACCUCUAGAGGCUAUCUUCAGUCCUAAGUCUAAACCCUGCGCGCGAAUUGAGCGCUGGGUGGUAAGGUUACAAGCUUACAAAGUCAUUUAUCGGCCAGGAAAAACCAAUGUGGUUGAUCCACUAUCUCGAUUGGCAAUCAAAGAUAAUUACUGCGGGAAGACUUUCGAUGAAUGUGUAGAGUCCUACGUCAAUUGGGUGGCGUCCAAUGCGACUCCAGUGGCUCUAAAGAUAACCGAGAUUGAAGAAGCAUCAAAGUUGGAUACAUCGAUCCAAUCCGUGAGGGGUGGUUUGGAACGGAAUGAAUGGUCGGAAGAUGCGUUACCUUAUAAAUUGUUCGCAACUGAGAUGUGUUUUUGUGGAAUGAUCCUCCUACGAGGAACUCGCAUCGUUAUACCAGAAAAAUUAAGAUCACUGGUUCUAGAUUUGGCGCACGAAGGUCAUCCUGGUAUGACAGUUAUGAAGCAGGUGGUGGCCAAAACUGGAUGCUCAGGUCGAGCAUUCCGUCAAAAACUGCCGCGGAUGUAUGCUUGUAGCUGCUCCUUCACCACCAGAACCAAUUAA